AUGGAAUAAAACCGUAUAGUAAACAUAAAACAAGUUGAACUUGUUAUAGAUGAAUUAAAAUGCAACGUGUGUGAUUGCAUAAUCGAAUGCCCAGUAAUGUGUAAAGAGUGUUAAAGUCAUUUUUGUUGGAAAUGUAUUCGUUAAUGGUUAGAAACACCAGGUUCAAACAAAAAAUGUCCUAGUUGUAGAUCUUUAUGGAAAGAAAAAGAAGGCACAUUAUUAAUGAAAAACUUGUUAAGGAAAUUGCAAUUUUUAUGUUUUCAUAAAGACAAGGGAUGUGAUAAAAUAUUAAAUUAUGAAGAUAUUAUUUAACAUGAGACCAGAAAUUGCGAUUUUGCAACUAGAAUAUGUCCUUUUGGUUGUAAAUAAAAAGUAAUGACAAAAGAUUUAUAAAAUCAUAAAGCGGAAUGUCCAAAUAUCGUAUCAUAUGAACUUAAAAUGAGAAAAUCAAGUAGUUCAAGAAAAGAGAGCAUAAAUAUAUCCCAAAAUAACGAAUUCAAUCCUUUUACGAAUUUGAAAAUUUUACGAUAAAUAGGAUUUUAAUGGGAAAUACAUUUCAAAUUGGAUAAUUGUAAGAAUUUUUCGUUAGAUUUUCCUGGAAUGGGUUGGAAAAAAAUAUUUAAUUUUGUUUAAGGUUUGAGUGGGGUGGCUCCCGAUGAAUAAUUUAAUAGAUUAAAGGGUAAAGGAGAAUUCGAAUAAUAUGGAAUUUUAGGUUGGACUUAUUCUUUAGAAAAUUAAUAACUUAAAUAAAGUUUACUUAAAUGUUUAGUUUGCUCAAAUAAAUUAUAAGAAGCUAUUGAAUAAUUUAAAUAGAGAAUUGAUUAUUUAAUAUUAUGUGAAUAGGAUGAAGUUUAAGAAUAUAGUGAUGAAGAAAUUGAAAACUAGGCUGAUUAUAAUUAUAUGAUUUUAAAUUAGAUGAUUGGAUCAAUUAUUACUUCGAAUUAGAAUAAUAAAAAUAAAAAAAAGAAGCUGUAUAAUGAUAAUUUUUUAUAAGAUAAUUUAUGUUUAAUUAGAGAAAUCGGUAUUAAUUGGGUUGAACAUCUUUGUAAUUGCUAUAAUAAAAAUAUAUAAAUCGAUAUAAGAGGUUGGGAUCUUUUAGAAGACUUUGCAAUGGGAUUAAAAGGUACUGCCAGUGAUAAAUGGUUUUUAGAUCUUUCUAAUGAAAAUGAUAAUUUAAUUUGUUGGAGGGAAAUUCUUAUUAGUGAUGAUUUUGAUAUUGAACUUAGAAAAUGUAGUUUUUGUAUUUAAAUUAGAGAUAAAAUUGUCGUUUUGUUCAAAACUAGAAUCGAUAGAUUACUUUCUAUUGAACAUAAAAAAGCUAAUCUUUGA